AUGAACUCGGAUCUCGGUCAGAAUGAAUGGGUUAAUCAACUGUUGUCAAUCUCUCCUCGCUGGCUUCCAAUGCACACCUGGAAAGAAUCGCUUUAUUCGUACCCUAAAGCAUCCACCGAAAUCCUCACGAACAUUGUGCGUUGUAUGAAGGCAGUGCCAAACUUCUAUAUCCAGGUACCAUUCAUCUUCGAGUUAUUUGCGCAAACUUGAACUUGCAUAGCUGUUUAAUUCGAGGUAUCUUUCCUCGACUAUUGGAUUCCUUUUUCCGCUUAUUGAGCUGAUAGUCAUAUAUGCUAGAAAUUGUUUGCCGUUACUAACUAGCGCGCCGAAAGCAUUUUCGAUUUGUAUUUAGAAGUUUCCUACUUCUUCUACUUUUCUAAAUUUUUCAUCAAACUGUACAACAAGCGAUGGUUUAUGCACCCGCGUUUGACGCUGUGCUCGCGUAUGGGCGCUUGUCAUCUACUGACUGACUAAUACGCGUGUGGUUGAAGACUAAUAGGCUUGCGACCUUCCCCCGCCUGGAAAGUGUUAUAGUCACAAGUAGCAUGCCAUAAGAAGGUUUCGUUCUACUGGAUGUGCUGCAAGCUGAAAACGUUUUUUAGACACCACUUAACGGGCUUCGUUUUCUACGAAAAACGCGAAACGCUUUCUGGGUUCGGCAUUUGGAAGCCAUCUUACCCUAUGAUCCACCGGCAGCACUUAUUUAUAGAUAAGUUUACGUCCCCCAUGAUGCCAUAAACCCCCAUUUGCUUACGCCCGCUGCAUUACAAUAAAACUGAAUUGAGUGGGAAGUUUUCUUCAUAUUAAAUUACCAUUCUUUUGGUUCGCUAACUAAAGUUUUUUAGAUGCUUCUUUCCCUACGUUUAGUCUCGCUAUGUCUUUUUAAAACGAACUCACUGAAUAAUGUGUGUACAUAAUAAGUCUCCACCAUGAUAACGCGUUAACCACUCAGAACGACCACUGCGAGUACGCUUAUACACCCAUUCGAUAUAAUUGUACCACUCAUCUUCACCAGUCACUUUUUGCUUACUGGGAGCGCUUACUGUCUGUCUUGAGCGAACCCAACGUGGGUGCUAUGAAUUCCCAUUUGUCUGCUCGACUGACGGUAAAUAGGUUGAAUUCUCACUUUUUGAAGCUUUUUACUGGAAUUUCAGCGCCUAGUAUUGCCUCUUUGAGCCUCUGUUUGAUCAAGUGGUCCCGUCUUCCUAUCAUUACUUCAUUCAGGGGUCGGAGUUCGCCAACCCGAAUCAUCUUCAUUGGCAAAUCCAAGCCUGGCGCUCACAUUGUAUCCUUAUCGACCAACAUUUGUAUUAG